AUGGCAGAACAGAUCUCCACGCCAACGCCAAUCCUCUACCAGAACCCGACUAAGACUCUGACUCUACUUGACAUCCCUACGUCCAUCGCCCAUGCCCAAGGCACCGUCGACCACCCAUGCAACGAUCAAAUCUGCGCGUCGCCUCCUCUACAAACGCCAUACCCAUCCACAGAGCCCAAGACUGAAAAGGCGAAAGCCAAUGUGCUUCGGACGAAAACCCCGUCUGAUACUGAUGUAGGGUUUCCAGACGCCUUGCUGCAGCAGGCACUCAGAGAGGUGGCCGAGCAUUGGCCUUUAGAAGAAGAUUGGUGUCUACCACGGAAGAUAACAUCUCUCGUAUCUGAGAGGCAAAGCAGGAAACGCAAGGCCGAUGAUGCUAUUGACCAAGUGUUUUCAACCCAAAAGAGAGACUCGGUCCACGCUUCCACUGCUGUGUUGCCGGCUUCGAAAAUAGAAACCGAGAUAGGACUUGACCCCUCUCCUUCGAGAACAGAGCCAGACUUCAAAUUUCCAGACUCAGAAAUCAGUGUUCGAAGCAUCGAAGAGCCGUUGAUCUUAUCUUCAGAGUCCACACCAAAAGCCUACACCUGCUCUGACAUACGGAUCUUCACCAACAGGCUCGUCCGUAACCCAUAUCCGACCCUAUUAUCCCUGCAGUGUUCAGGAGUCAAAUACAAGACACCCCCCAACGCAAAUUUCCUGCUGUCUAAGAUUGGCGAACCAACGGCCCAUGCCUUCAGCAUGGCAGCUCUGACACUGUACCCUAAAUCUAGCGCCACCGCUGGGCCCGGGCAAUUCGACUUCGUUCUGCUGGAUCCCCCUUGGGAAAAUCGCUCAGUGCGGAGAUCAGCUAGGUACGAUACCAUGCAUGACUCGGAUCCAAUGGUUGUGCUUCAGGCGAUGUUGGGCCAGCAUAUAGCUCCUGGCGCGCUGGUGGGGUGCUGGAUAACUAACAAGGCAAGUGUCCGAGAUACUGCAUUAGAUGCCUUCCAGACUUGGGACGUGCAGCUCAUCGAAGAGUGGGCGUGGUUGAAGACAACGGUGGGUGGACUUCCAAUAACUCAGAUUGAUGGGCUCUGGCGGAAGCCCUACGAAGUACUGCUGCUUGGCAGGAAGGGUAGCGAUGAGGCUCAGAGUUCUGAUAGUGACGUUCGAAGGAGAGUCGUUGUGGCAGUCCCGGACUUGCACUCCAGAAAACCGCAUCUCAAAACUUUGAUAGAGCCAUUCAUACCAGCAUCUUAUCGUGCUUUGGAGGUCUUCGCUAGGAACUUGACAGCGGAAUGGUGGUCAUGGGGCGAUGAGGUUCUCAAAUACAAUUGGGAUGGUCACUGGUAUACGCACAAAGGAAGCACCCAGAUUUAUGAUUGA